CUGGGAGGAGUGGUCCUGGGCUGGCUGCCUGCGGAUUGUACUGGCUGGCUUGGUGCGCAACAGGCAGCAACUACCUGCUUAACGCACCUUGGCGCUGCGCGGCUGCGGAACUCGCUUCUUUGAUCUCCUUCCCGGCUGCGGUGGGGGAAGGGAAACUCGCCAGAUCCCUCGGCUGGGCACAGCAUCCGAAGCCGACGCGUCACAAGAGAUCCUCUUGCAAGCAGGAUCAUUCGCCCAGCCUGAAUAAUUCACGCUCGCCUCUCCAACGCCAGACAAUGCCCGCCGUCGACAGGCUUCGCCUGGAAGAGGCUUUGCAGGAUAGCCCGCAGACACGUUCUUUGCUGAGUGUGUUUGAAGAAGAUGCAGGGACGCUCACAGAAUAUACCAACCAGUUGCUUCAAGCAAUGCAGCGAGUUUAUGGGGCUCAGAAUGAAAUGUGCCUGGCAACCCAGCAGCUCUCCAAGCAGCUUCUUGCGUACGAAAAACAGAACUUUGCCCUGGGUAAAGGAGAUGAAGAAGUGAUAUCCACCCUUCAGUACUUUUCAAAAGUUGUGGACGAGCUUAACAUUCUGCACACCGAACUGGCCAAGCAGCUCGCAGACACCAUGGUUCUCCCCAUCAUCCAGUUCCGUGAAAAAGACCUUACAGAAGUAAGCACUUUGAAGGAUCUCUUCAGCCUUGCCAGCAAUGAACAUGACGUCUCCAUGGCAAAGUACAGCAGGCUACCCAAAAAGAGAGAGAAUGAAAAGCUGAAGGCGGAAGUUGCCAAAGAGGUAGCCAGCGCCCGGAGGAAGCAGCAUCUCUCGUCGCUACAGUAUUACUGUGCCCUUAAUGCUUUGCAGUACCGCAAGAGAAUCGCCAUGCUGGAGCCCAUGCUGGGAUACACGCGCUCCCAGAUUAAAUUUUUUAAGAAGGGAGCCGAGAUGUUCACCAAAAAGAUGGACAGCUUUCUAUCUUCAGUCUCAAGCAUGGUUGAAAGUGUACAGGGAGAACUGGACACUGAGGCAGAAGCUAUGCGGGUAUCUCAGCAAGAUCUGCUUUCGGUUGGCGAAUCAGUGUACACGCCUGACUUCGACGCAGCGUCGCCUCUCAUCAACAGAAACCUGAUUCAGAAGGCUGGCUACCUUAACCUUAGAAACAAAACAGGCCUGGUGACUACAACUUGGGACAGGCUGUACUUCUUCACUCAAGGUGGGAACCUGAUGUGCCAGCCCAGGGGAGCCGUCGCCGGGGGACUGAUCCAGGAUCUGGACAACUGCUCUGUGAUGGCAGUCGACUGCGAAGACCGACGUUACUGCUUUCAGAUCACCACUCCUACAGGGAAAGCAGGGAUAACCCUUCAGGCAGAAAGCAAGAAAGAAUAUGAGGAGUGGAUAUGUGCAAUCAACAACAUCUCUCGGCAGAUCUAUCUUACUGACAAUCCUGAAGCCGUUGCCAUCAGGCUGAAUCAGACAGCGCAGCAAGCCGUGACGCCAAUCACAAGCUUUGGGAAGAAGCAGGAAAAUCAACCCCCCAGCCAGGAUGUGAAGAAUGUGGAGAUGCAGAAUGACUGGGCAGCCCCAAACGAGCCGGCCAGCAUUCCAGAACCCACUGAGUUAAUUGCACCUGGAACGCCAAUUCAGUUUGACAUUGUGCUUCCCGCAACAGAGUUCCUGGAUCAGAACAGGGGCGGCAGGCGCACGAACCCAUUUGGAGAGUCAGAAGAUGACAAGAAAGAGGAUGAGGCAGAUUCGCUCUUGCAGCAGAUGUUUGUAGUCCGCUUUCUAGGAUCGAUGGCGGUCAGAUCCGACCACACGGUUGAGGUGAUCUACGAAGCAAUGAGGCAGGUGCUAGCAGCUCGGGCCAUCCACAACAUUUUCCGUACAACGGAAUCCCACCUCUUGGUCACCAGCAACGACUUGAAAUUAAUAGAUCCGCAAACACAAGUUACGAGGACAAGUUUUGAACUUGCCAGUGUGACACAAUUUGCUGCUCAUCAAGAAAACAAGAGACUGAUUGGGUUUGUGGUUCCCAUCUCAGAGUCCCCAGGCGAAGAGUCCAUGAGCGCUUAUGUAUUUGAGAGUAACACCGAAGGCGAAAAGAUCUGUUAUGCAAUAAACCUCGGGAAAGAAAUCAUUGAAGCUCGCAAGGAUCCGGAAGCACUAGCUCAGUUAAUGUCAUCUGUGCCACUAACCAAUGAUGGGAAGUUCGUGCUCUUGAAUGAGCAGUCAGAAGAGGACAACACAGUACAGGGAGAUGGGCAGGAGGAGUCCGAGGCAUAAGCUUGGUCUGGAUUUCUGGUGUGGUAAACUGACAACCUUUGAAAUUAUUUCCAAACAACGAGCAUGGUCACUUACUGAUGGCUACCAGUGAUAGUUAAAUGUGUUUGCUUCUGUGUGAAGUUUUUAGGCUCUGUUGUACUUCUAAGAGGGUUAACAGGAACACUAUUUUGAGCUAGGCUGUUUACAGAUCUAUUUGAUAAAUCACUUUCCUAUUAUCUAUUUUUAUACUUUAAUACUGAAAGCUUACUCUAGAUAAUAUCUCAAGUGCCUACCAUUUUUGCAGGGACCAUACUUGUAGAUUCAAUAAAGCAGGCACUCUGCCCUAGAAUGAGGUGGCAGGUAGACUAGCAGCUACAUGCCUUAACCUCCUCAUAAGUCUCAGCCGCUCACAUGAGCCAACUAAACCUUUUCUUUUUCAUGCUGAUCUACAAGGUUGGGUUAGUGCCCUUCUAGGUUUAACACAAAGGAGGCUUGCUCAAGAGUUAGCCCAGUUCAGUGUGGGGGUGGUUGUUUAUAACCUAGAUGGAGGCAGCCUGAGAUGCACUUGUGCGACUUAGAAAAGAAAGCCGGUGUCAAGGCUGCAUGGCUCUCCAAACAAGGACCAAUCUAAGCCUAAUAUUGUCUGUAUGAUCUUACCAGUGUGACAUUGAUGCUUCUGGGGUUAAUAGUACUGUAGUGGGAGACGUUCUGGGUUUACUAUCUUAAAUCCAAGUAACAUUCAAGAACAGAGCCAGAUCUAAUGAAGUUCACCUGAUUCCCUGACCGUGGUGGAUAUUUUUAAUGUUAAAAUAUGUUUUAAUGUUAACAAACAGGGUCCAUAUUUUGCAAUGCAACUGUUUAGCAAUAAUGCUAGAGUAAAGUCUUAUUUGAACUAAA